UGUGAUUUACGUUAAUUUCAUUUCUGAACCCUAGAUUUGGUUUUUUGGGGUUAAUUUCUGCUUUCUUCUGGGAACGUGGGAGAAAGGAUAAGAAAAUUAUAAAUCUCGAUCCUUGUUGUUUGAUUGCCCAAGAAAAUUGAAGUAUUCAGUCAACUGAGCUGAACUAAACCAGGCCAUGUUGCAUCAUUUUUUGGGGGAAGUGUUUCAGAGGAAAAAUGCAACUUUGGUUACAAAUUUUGUAAUUGUUACGGUUUUUGCGUUCGUUUAUACACGCAGAAAGGAACUUUCAAAUAGUUUGUUUGAUCUUAUAUAGUUAUGGAGUCUCUUUGGAAACUUUUACAUCUGCUGGAGCCUGCUCCUGUUACACUCAUUUUGACAGCAGUAGCGGUGACAUUUGGAUCUGCAUUUAGGGCUCUAAAUUAUGGGAAAGAAAUGGAGCGAAACCGUGAUUUGUCAGAAGCAUCCAUUAUGUUAGACAAGUCCCAAGCAUUAAUGAUCCCUGUAAUGAGCUCCUGCAGUUUGCUUUUGAUGUUCUACCUGUUUUCUUCAGUCUCACAACUUCUCACUGCCUUAACGGCUGUUGCAUCUGUUUCUUCCCUAUUCUUUUGCCUAUCUCCCUAUAUUGCCUAUGUGAGGUCACAAUUUGGUUUGGCUGACCCAUUUGUGUCGCGGUGCUGUUCGAGGUCUCUCACACGAAUCCAAUGGUUAUUAUUGUUGGCAUGCACUUCUAUAGUUGCUGCUUGGCUAGUUUCUGGUCAUUGGGUAUUGAACAAUUUGUUGGGUAUCGCUAUCUGUGUAGCAUUUGUGAGCCAUGUGCGCCUUCCAAAUAUCAAAAUAUGUGCAAUGCUCCUUGUAUGUCUGUUUGUGUAUGACAUAUUCUGGGUUUUUUUCUCUGAGAGAUUUUUUGGGGCUAAUGUCAUGGUAUCGGUAGCAACCCAACAGGCAUCAAAUCCUAUGCACACAGUGGCUAAUAGUCUGAGUCUUCCUGGGUUGCAGCUGAUAACAAAAAAGCUGGAGUUGCCUGUGAAAAUUGUAUUUCCCAGGAAUUUGUUUGGAGGCGUGAUUCCUGGAGCAAAGGUUUCAGACUUCAUGAUGCUUGGUCUCGGUGAUAUGGCUAUGCCUGCAAUGCUUCUGGCAUUGGUCCUGUGUUUUGAUCAUCGGAAGAGCAGAGAUACAAUUAGUCUCUUUGAUUUACAUUCAUCGAAGGGACACAAAUAUAUAUGGUAUGCCCUUCCAGGAUAUGCUAUUGGACUUGUAACUGCUUUAGCUGCUGGAGUUCUGACUCGCUCUCCUCAACCAGCCCUUCUUUAUCUGGUGCCUUCGACAAUGGGACCUGUAAUUGUUAUGUCAUGGAUGAGGAAGGAGUUAAAUGAGUUAUGGGAAGGACCCAUGCAAAACCUCAACGAUAAGGCUCAUCAAAUAGAAGUCUAAGUCAUGUUAGAGAUUGUAAAGCCCAAUUUAAAGUUGUAAAGUUACUUGGAAAAUCUACACUCGGAAACUUGAGUAGGGCAUUAACAAUUCACUGUUUAUUUUGUGGAAUCUUACAUUUUGGCAGCCAUGUUUCUCUUCCGAUCGGCCACAAAUGAAAGAGGAAUGAAAAGUAUGUGAAUGCUUA